AUGGCCUGGAUCAGUAAUAUCUCCUGGUUAAACCACCUUGCUCUACAGGAAGAACGUUUCAGGGGGUACUUAAACAGCACUGAGGAUUACUUAGCCUUCCUAUGUGGGCCCAGACGGAGCCACCUGUUCCUGCCCAUGGCUUUGGUGUACACCCUGAUCUUCAUUGUUGGGGUGGUGGGGAACUUCUUAGUUUGCCUCGUAAUCCUCAAGCACCAGAACAUGAAGACCCCGACCAAUUAUUACCUCUUCAGUCUGGCAGUCUCGGACCUGCUCGUGCUGCUUUUUGGGAUGCCACUGGAAGUCUACGAGAUGUGGAGCAACUACCCCUUCCUGUUCGGGCCCGUUGGCUGCUACCUGAAGACGGCGCUCUUUGAGACGGUGUGCUUUGCCUCCAUCCUCAGCGUGACCACGCUCAGCGUGGAGAGGUACAUCGCCAUCCUCCACCCCUUCCGUGCCAAGCUGAAGAGCACCCGCAGGCGAGCCCUGAGGACCAUCCUGGCGCUCUGGGUCCUCUCUGUCCUCUUUGCCCUCCCCAACACAGGCACCCAUGGCAUCAUGCUGCAGCAUUUCCCCAACGGCACCUUGGUCCCGGGCUCUGCUACCUGCACUGUGGUCAUGCCCUUGUGGAUCUACAACUGUAUUGUCCAGAUUACUUCUCUUCUCUUCUAUGCGCUGCCCAUGGGGGUAAUAAGUGUGCUGUACUAUCUGAUGGGGCUAAGAUUGAAAGGAGAUGAAACUUUGGAAGUAGAGGAAAUGGCUGUGAAUGUUCAGAGACCAUCCAGGAAAUCAGUCACAAAGAUGUUGUUUGUCCUCGUGAUAGUUUUUGCUAUCUGCUGGGCUCCAUUCCAUAUAGAUCGACUUUUCUUCAGUUUUGUUGUGGAAUGGACUGAGCCUUUGGCUAACACAUUCAACUUAAUUCAUGUGGUGUCAGGUGUUUUCUUCUAUCUGAGCUCUGCCACGAACCCCAUCAUUUACAACCUGUUGUCCCAGCGCUUCAGGAUGGCUUUCCUCAGUGUGAUUUCUCCUUGCUGCAAGCACUGGGCCCCUGAACAUCCCACUUGCAAGAUUUCUGCCCAGAAGAGCAUGUUUGUGAUUGAGGGUCACAAUCUCAUGGACUCUGCUGAAUACAUGAGUGCCCCUGGCACACACAGGACAUCUGUCAGCAGUUCUCAGCUCUCCACUGGUCUGUGACUUUCCAUGUGAUGAUCCAGUGGAGCCUUGUGGUUGUGCUUCAGCAGAUUUCACACCUGCCUGUACCAGGUGGAUUGCAAAGUCAGAGAUCUACAUGGAUCCAGGAAAAAGCCUGGACAACACUGACAACACAGGGAACUGGGGCAAACCUAAUACAAAGGUAAUAAAAACGGGAAUUUUGCAGUGAUACUACAAC